GUCUUUGGCGGCAUGAAGUACGAUAAAAGCGAGUUUUCAGCAGAAUAAAUCUCUUUUAUCGCUACUUUUGAAUGAAAGAGAUAACUCGGUGCAUUGGUACUUAAGAUGUCGGGUAAGCCCCAGCUGAUUGGCUACACCCCAACCUCCAAUGAGGGGUCAGGCAAAAACAGCAUGGAAAUGAAUGGAAAGGGUGCUGGAAAAGAUUCUGAAGGGGAGGGAGAGCCAGCCGUUAAUGGCCGCCCAGCAACAGCAUCCACAGUCGACAUGGACAAAGUGGAAAUUAAAACGGGAAAAGAUGACGAGAAAGAAAAAGAGAAGAAAGAACCCCAGAAAAUGGUCGGCACCUGUGAAAUAUUUAAAUAUGCAGACUGUUUGGAUGUGUUCUUGAUGUUUCUGGGUUCGUUCUGUGCCCUCUGUCAUGGCGCCGCCCUGCCCUGUAUGAUUAUCGUGUUUGGGAAUAUGAUUGACACCUUCGUGGAGUCGGGAAAACUGCGGUUUUUCCUGAUGAGCUUGAAUUCUACCUACUUACAAUCCCAAGGGCUGAGUGUAGAAAGUAUUAUCAAGGAUCCCAAAAUUCUGCAACCACAUUUGCCAAACUUGACAACGUAUUACAAUAUAACAGACUUCUCAAUUUACAACAAUUCAAUUCAGUAUGAUUUGUUGGAUACCAUGACAGAAUUUGCUGUUUAUUAUAUUGCCAUUGGUUGUGGUGUACUGGUGCUAGGAUAUGGUCAGGUGGUUGGUUGGGUGACUGCCGCAGAACGACAGUGCCACAGAAUCCGAAUCUCAUUCUUCCGCAAUGUGAUGCGGCAGGAGAUUGGCUGGUUUGACACACAUGACUCAGGAGAGCUCAGUACAAGACUUGCAGAUGAUAUCAAUAAAAUCCACCUCGGAAUUGGGGACAAGAUGGGGACUUUUGUCCAGUGGAUGUCUGGGUUCUUUGCGGGGUUCACGAUCGGAUUUAUUUAUGGGUGGAAACUAACACUGGUCAUCCUGGCUAUUACACCAUUGCUGGCUGGAGUGGCUACUCUGAUGAACAAACUGCUGUCCCUCAGUGCCAGUAAAGAGAUGACGGCGUACGCUAAGGCCGGCUCUGUCGCAGAGGAAGUCCUCGGGGCCAUCAGAACUGUGGCCGCAUUUGGUGGACAGAAGAAGGAAUGUGCCAGGUAUGACAGCCAUCUUGAGGAAGCUAAGAAGAACGGGGUCAAGAAGGGGAUCACCGUGGGGUGGUCCAUGGGUCUGGUGUAUCUGGUGGUGUUCUGUGCCUAUGGUCUCGGAUUCUGGUAUGGAUCCAAGCUCAUCCGUGAGGACGACGAUUAUAAGGUCUCCAAUGUCCUCAUUGUCUUCUUCAGCGUUCUGAUUGGAGCGUUUUCUCUCGGACAUGCUGCUCCAAGCAUGCAAAGUUUAUCUGUGGCGAGGGGAUCAGCAUUCACAAUCUACGCCUUGAUAGAACAGGAGCCGCAUAUUGACUCUGCGUCAGAUCAGGGGGAGAAACUGUCCUCCGUAAGUGGAAACCUGACCCUGCGGAAUGUCAAAUUCCGAUAUCCGGCCAGAGAUGAGGUUCAGGUUUUGAAAGGUGUCAACUUAGAUAUUAAUCGGGGAGAAACCGUCGCCCUGGUUGGAUCUAGUGGGUGUGGCAAAAGUACCAUCAUACAACUCCUUCAAAGGUUCUACGACCCAGAAGAAGGACAGGUUGCUCUUGAUGGCAAAGACAUAAGAAAUCUGAAUACAAAAUGGCUGAGACAGCAGAUAGGGGUGGUCAGUCAGGAACCUGUUUUGUUUGCAACGACCAUCGCAGAAAACAUCCGUUAUGGCAAAGAAGGGAUAUCCCAGCAGGAAAUUGAGGCUGCCUCCAAAAUGGCUAAUGCCCACGACUUCAUCAUGAAACUUCCCAAUAAAUACGAGACUUUGGUUGGAGAGCGCGGGGCCCAGAUGAGUGGGGGACAAAAACAGAGGAUUGCUAUUGCCAGAGCCUUAGUUAGGGACCCCAGAAUCCUACUACUUGAUGAGGCAACUUCAGCCCUGGACACAGAAAGCGAGUCUGUGGUACAAGAGGCUCUAGACAAGGCUCGAGCAGGAAGAACAACUGUUGUAGUUGCACAUCGUCUGUCCACCAUUAAAACAGCAGAUAAAAUAGCUGGAUUCCAAGAGGGUGUCAUAGUGGAGAAUGGAACUCAUGAUGAACUGAUGAAAAAAGGGGGCGUGUACUUCACAUUGGUGACCAAUCAGACUCGGGAAGUGGAUGAAGAGGGAGGGUCUCACGAUGAAGAAGAGGAGAUGCUGAUUUCAAAAUUUGCCAGUCCCCAGGAGAAGGAGAAGAAAGCUCUGGAUCGUCAGAUUUCUUAUCAAAUCAAGAGCCCACUCAGAAAUCAGGUGUCCAUUGAUAAAGUCCCUGGAGUUGAGGAAGAGGACAAAGGGGGAAAGAAAAAGAAAAAAGAUUCUGAUGAGCCCCCAGAAGCUAGCAUGGCCCAGAUCCUAAGGAUGAACGCCAAGGAAUGGCCAUAUAUUCUGUUUGGUUGUCUGGCUGCCCUGCUGAAUGGUGGUGUUCAACCCUCAUUUGCCGUCAUUUUCUCCGAAAUCCUGGGGGUAUUUUCCGAGCCUGACCAAGAAAAACAAGAAAGAGAAGUAGAAAUGUACGUUCUUAUUCUUUGUGGAAUCGGAGGUGUCAGUUUCUUUACCUUCCUCAUACAGGGUUACUGCUUUGGAGUGUCUGGUGAAUCCCUCACGAUGAGACUACGUCGUCUUGUGUUUAAGGCCAUGCUGAGACAGGACAUUUCCUGGUUUGAUGACCAUAAGAACACGACAGGUGCUCUCACCACACGACUGGCCACUGAUGCCUCGCAGGUUCAGGGGAUCUCUGGAGCCAGACUUGGGAGUAUUGUCCAGAGUAUAGCUAACCUAGGCACAGCCAUUAUCAUCGCAUUUAUCUACGGCUGGAAGCUGACCCUGGUCAUUAUGGCUUUCCUGCCAUUCAUCAUGAUUGCAGGCAUGCUGCAGAUGAAACUUCUACAAGGGGUGGCAGGUCAAAACAAAGAAGCGUUAGAGGAAGCCGGAAAGACUGCUACAGAAUCGAUUGAGAACAUGCGUACUGUAGCUAGCCUGACCAAGGAGGAGAAAAUGGUGCAGAAUUAUAAAGCCCUACUCCAGGGCCCCUACAGUGCCUCCCUAAAAAAGGCCCACCUGACCGCCAUUGCCUUCUCCUUUGCCACAGGAAUUCUGUUCUUUGCCUACGCUGCCUCCUUCUGGUUUGGAGCCUAUCUGAUCCGACAAAAUGAGAUGGAGUACACAGAUGUGUUUAAGGUGUUCAGUGCUAUUGUGUUUGGUGCCAUGGCCUUGGGACAAGCCAGUGCUUUUGCACCUGAUGCUUCAAAAGCCAAAGUUUCUGCUGCCCAUAUAUUCCAUAUGUUAAAAAUGGAACCCAAAAUAGACCCUUACUCGGAAGAAGGCAAGAGAGACUUGACUGUAAACAGCAAGGUGCGGUUUGAUAGUCUACAUUUCCGUUAUCCCACUCGACCUGAUGUGGAGGUGCUACAGGGUCUGACUCUGGAAGUAAACCCAGGCGAAACGGUGGCACUUGUGGGGGCCUCAGGGUGUGGCAAGAGCACCACAGUACAACUGAUGGAGCGCUUCUAUGACCCAGAGGAAGGCGUGGUGUUUCUGGAUGAAAAUGAUAUCAAGGAGUUGAACGUCCAGUGGCUUCGAAGACAAAUUGGAAUUGUGUCCCAGGAACCAGUGUUGUUUGAUUGCAGUAUCGCAGAAAACAUCGCAUAUGGGGAUAACUUCAGAGAGGUUUCCAUGGCGGAGAUCAUUGAGGCUGCCAGAAAGGCCAACAUCCACAGUUUUAUUGAAUCAUUACCAAAUGGCUAUAACACUCUGUGUGGUGACAAGGGGACACAACUUUCAGGUGGACAGAAGCAGCGAGUGGCCAUUGCUCGUGGACUGGUCAGAAAUCCCAAGAUCCUUCUGUUGGACGAGGCCACUUCUGCCCUUGACACAGAGAGUGAAAAGAUUGUUCAAGAAGCCCUUGAUAAGGCACGAGAGGGAAGGACGUGUAUCGUCAUAGCUCACCGACUUUCCACAAUCCAGAACGCCGACAAGAUCUGUGUCAUCAAACACGGAGAGGUUGUAGAACAGGGUCGUCAUAGCGACCUUAUGAGUAAACAAGGCAUAUAUUACAGACUUGUAACCACUGCACAAUCAAGGGGCUGAAUUUUGUGUUUUAUAGGUUUUGUAAUUUGUAACUAUUUUUAAAAAGUGCUAUUCACAUGUAAAACUGACCGGUGAACUUGAAAAGUCCCAGUCUAUGUUUUAUUCUUGUUAUCCUUACAUGUCAUAGUAUUUUUGUGCCUGGAAGUAUUCAAAGAGGCUGAUGAAAUUGGCAUACAGGUAGAUACAAGUGAUGCCAGUAUCAGAUAUAAUGCUAUUUUGUGCUUUACUAUAGCACAUCUAUAACAAUGAAGAGACAUUUAUUUUAAUCAGUGAUAUAACACACUUGAUGAAACAUCCAAAGAGAAAAUCUCAGGAAUUCUUUCAAUUUCUCAUUUUAAAAAAAAAAAAAACCAAAGUUUUAAGUCACACAUUCUUAAAAUUUGGUUUAGGUGAAUAAUGGUUUAAAUUGUUGUGGGAAAGGAGGGGGGGGGGGGGUAUUAUAUGGAGAACAAGACUGACUUUAACAUGCAAAUAUUUUGCUUAUUGAACUUGUUUAUACAUUUUAUUGCAAGGAUAUUUUAAACAUAUUAAAUGUAUUUAUGUAUCACAAAGUACCCAGAAACGUGUGCUUUGUUCAGGAUUGUCCAUUUUUCAUACAUUUUUAUGUUUUUUUUUCUUUGUUCACCAAUGCCUCAAUUCACAACACUGAUGAUAUUGGUAUGAACAGCCAAAAUGGUUAAUGUUUGUAGUUUAUUGAUACAAGCUGGUUUGAAUAUGAUAUGUAUUUGUAAGAUGCAUUUUCACUCUGUGACAAAAGUUUCUUCUCAUUUUUACAGAAUCUCAGCUAUACUGUAGAGUAAAACAAAAUAUAUUUGUGCUUUGAAACUUCUGAAUAAAUCAAAAAAGUUUACUUAAGUUUUUGUAGCUUAGUAUUUAUGAUUGACAUAUCAUUGUUACCCGAAAUUUUGUGCACAUUUUUUUUUGACCGUGUUUCUGAUUCUUUUAUCAACCACUUUUAUCAUAAUUAUGGGCCAAAUGCAGAAUGCAUCAUCCAGUCAAGGAAGAUGGAGAUUAAUGGUCAGAUUUCACAUCUUUUAUAAUAGCUGACGCAAAGAUUUUUGCAUGGUCAUUUUGAAUAAGCAUAAACUCACGCAAAUGUAUUCAUUCAAGGAAAGGAAAACAGUAUCUUGUAGGCAAACAUAAAAGUUAAAGUAACUACUUGCAAAUAACAUUUUAGUAGUCUAGAAUUUUUUAAAUGUAUAGAGUAAUAUGACAUUUGGUGCUGAUCCAAAUUAGAAAAAAAAACCACUCCAGUAAAAUUUGCUUAUAAUUUAUAGUUGAAUCGUCACUUUGUAUGUAAAGAAAAUGAUUCUUGUUUUUUCUCUGACAUUAUUUGUAGUCUUAAAAGCCAUUAGAUAUUUGAGGUCAAGUAAUUUUAUUAAACCAAGUUAUUAGCAUUGUCUCCAACUUGAUGCUUUUCUUUGCACUGCUUGUUGUUGUUGAAUUUGUUUAUAUGUGGAUGUGUAUGAUGACAAUUAUACAUUGAAAUGUACUUUUUUCUCUUUGUUCUUUGCUUUAACGGAAUUUUAAACAGUAUUUAUAAUGGAAGUAUAUAGCUGUUACUUGAAUAAAUAAAUAAUGUUUAAUAUCACAGUAAUUAUUUUACUUCCACUAGCUGUUACAUGUACAUUAUUUAAUAUUUUGAAUCAUUUGAAGUAUUUUUAAAAUCUGUUAUCUUUUUUUUUUACGUUCAUCUGUGGUAAAUUGACAUAUCUUAGCCAGCUUCUUCUACCUCAGAAUCUUGCUCUGUCAUUUUUGAGUGUUUAUAAAGAUAAGCUCUCCAACAUAUAUUGAAGAAUUGUACUGGUAGAAGUCCCAUGGACCUAAUCUUCAUUUUAUUUCAAAUAAACUUUUUUUUUAUUGCA